AUGACUCAACAGCUAUUCACAGGCAAAGUCGACAUUUUCCCAAUUGUUUCAUUAAAGUACUGCAGGAUAUUCUACGAAGUGGAGCGAGUAUGGUUGAUCACCGCUUGCGCUAUCACUGUCGCGACAACUGUAAUCUCAGCUCGGAAAGGCAACCAAACAAGUUCAGAGGUCAUAUAUCUUGCGGAUUUCCGGAGCUGUUAUGAUCUGCCGGUGCCAACAGACUGGAUCACAUUUGUGACUCCCAUGGUACUGGAUACCAUCUACCUGGCGUUCACCUUAUUCCAUGCAUGGACCUGUCGCAUGGAACUAUUGAACAUGCCGCUCGCCCAUAUAAUAUGGCGGGACGGCGUGAUAUGGUUCUGCCUGAUGAUUGUUACAAUGGGUAGCAUUGCCAUCAUUUCUGGCUGGUACAGAGAGGAACUAAUCGCGCCAACAACGAUUUAUUUCAAUUUACAUCGUGUCUCUGAAGAGAUGUCCAACCCAGACUUGAUAGAGAUGAAUGUUGCUAUCAGUGGUCUUGAAUUUGUUCGGCCAGAUUCGACAGAAAUACAGGUGCUUGCUGAGCCCUGA